AGCAAAGGUUAAAUUAUGUGCAAGUAUAAAUCAAAUGCCACGCGUUGCAUCAUAUAUCGUGGAGAUCUUGAAAAAUUCGAGAUUGGCAAUUCGGAGAAGAGGCGGCCAAAUUCAAUGGACUUGAAAACAGUGAAGAAAUGCUUGGAGAAAGGAGAUGGAGUUGAAGGCGACAACAACGCCCCAACCAUCCAUGGCAUGCCUUCCAGAUUCUUCGAAAACUUCAUCAGGCAAGGUCUCCGGGUUGACCACAUCGAAAAGGGUCGAGUCCUUUGCUCCAUGAAAGUACCCCCACGUUUGUUGAACGCUGGUAAUUUCUUGCAUGGUGGAGCCACAGCAUCACUGGUGGACUUGGUUGGCUCUGCGGUUAUAUACACUUAUGGAGUUGGUUCCAGUGGAGCUUCUGUGGAAAUCAGUGUCUCUUACUUGGAUGCUGCUUAUGUUGAUGAGGAAAUUGAGAUAGAUGCUAGGGCAUUGCGUGUUGGGAAGACUGUUGCUGUUGUUACCGUAGAAUUUCGGAAGAAAAAUACUGGGAAAAUUGUUGCACAGGGGCGUCACACUAAGUACCUCCCUGUCCAAAGUAAAAUGUAGAUGACAUUUAUAGCUGAACAGUCAUCCUUACAUAAUUACUUUAUGACGAACAAAUAAUGUAUUUUUCAUAAAUAUUUAAUACAAACUAAGCUCAGGCUUGUAAUAAGAGACCUUGAGUUGAAUU